AUGGGAGGCAAGAAACCUACCGAGAACUCCAAGAAGGCCGCCGGCAACGCUCGUAAAGCCGAUGCCGCUGCGCAGAAAAAAGCUGUCGAGGACUCAAAGAAAGCCGCUGAGGAGGACGCCAAAUGGUCCAAGGGAUCGAAGAGCAAUGCCAAAAAAGAUGAUGCAGAGGCGAAACGCGCCGAUGCCGCGCGCAAGAAAGCCGAGAGAGACGCUCUGCUCGCCGCCGAGGAAGCCUCCCAGCCCGCCAAGGCCAAGGGAGCAAACGCCAAAACAGCGCAGAAGAAAACUCGCGGCACGCUGGAUCUGUCCCAGCUGGAUGAUGCGCCAGCCGGCCGUAAGGGCACGACGCUGAACGCCUCGGGCAUCGACAACGCGCUCGAUGCGCUCUCGCUUACCGGCAGCACGAACAACGACAAGAUCGACCGACAUCCCGAGCGGAGGUUCAAGGCAGCCUACGCGGCCUACGAAGCCAGGCGGCUGCCGGAGAUUGAGGAGGAAUAUAAGGGGUUGCGGAGACAGCAGCGCAUCGAUAUCAUCAAGAAGGAGUUCGAGAAGAGCGAAGAAAAUCCCUUCAACCAGGCCCACGUCGCCUUCGACGCCAGCAGAGAAGAGAUUGCCGCUGUGAAGGAUGCGGAGCGGAAGAAGGUCGAGGCUCGUUUGGGGUCCAAAUAA